GCCCGCCCGCCCCUCCCGGGUUGGGCCAGGCUCCCCGGCCAUGUGACCCCGCGGCCCGUCUGGGACGCGACGGGACGCGCUGGGACGGGCGCCGGGGGUCGCGGGCAGCAUGGAGCGGAGGUGGGUCUUCGUGCUGCUCGACGUGCUGUGCGUGCUGGUCGCCUCUCUGCCUUCCGCCAUCCUGACGCUCGUGAACGCCCCGUACAAGCGAGGAUUCUACUGCGGAGAUGACUCCAUCCGGUACCCCUACCGUCCAGACACCAUCACCCACGGGCUCAUGGCCGGGGUCAUCAUCACCACCACCGUCAUACUUGUGUCGGCCGGGGAGGCCUACCUGGUGUACACAGACCGGCUCUACUCCCGCUCCGACUUCAACAACUACCUGGCCGCCCUCUACAAGGUGUUGGGGGCGUUCCUGUUCGGGGCUGCAGUGAGCCAGUCACUAACAGACCUGGCCAAGUACAUGACCGGCCGGCUGCGGCCCAACUUCCUGGCCGUGUGUGACCCUGACUGGAGCCGCGUCAACUGCUCCGUGUAUGUGCAGGUGGAGGUGUGCAGGGGAAGGCCUGCUGACGUCACCGAGUCCAGAUUAUCCUUCUACUCUGGACACUCCUCCUUUGGAAUGUACUGCAUGAUGUUCUUGGCGCUCUACGUGCAGGCCCGGCUGUGCUGGAAGUGGGCACGGCUGCUGCGGCCCACCGUGCAGUUUUUCCUGGUGGCCUUUGCCCUUUACGUGGGCUACACCCGUGUGUCUGACUACAAACACCACUGGAGUGAUGUUCUCGUUGGCCUCCUGCAGGGGGCGCUGGUGGCCGGCCUCACUGUCCGCUACGUCUCCGACUUCUUCAAAGCCCGGCCCCCGCGGCACUGCCUGGAGGAUGAAGAGGUAGAGCGGACACCCACAUCACUGACACUGGCCCUGGGCGAGGCUGGCUGCAGCCUCUGCGGGUCCCCUCCUGCUGGGGCUCGGGCUGUGGGCAGCGAGCGUGUCCAUGGUCCUGGCAGGUCCCUAAGCCAGGAUGGCUGGAUCCUGGCGUGGGUUCCGCUAACCCCACCUCCAUGCACUGGGCUAGGGGGUACCUGGGGCAGCCCUAGCGUGUGGAGGGGGACUCUUCCUCAGAACCCCUGUCUUUUGUUGGCUUAGGGAAGGGACUGAGAGAUCCCAGUGGAUGCCGGUUUUGUAAAAUGUGACCUCUAUUUGGAUUUUUAGUAAAAUAGGGCGUUUGCUUGA